AUGUCAACGAAAACUCCUGGAGGUACCGGACCUAGUGAGAAAUUCAUGAAGAAGGAUGCCGCCGCCAAAGGCCUUGGUGCGGACAAUGCCCCAGCCCACAAGGAAGGCCAUGUUCCCGGCGAGGCACCGGUAGCGAGCGACUCGUACACCGCAAGUCAACCUGGUACGAAAGUGGGCGAGAAGGGCAACGUCGGACAAAUUGUGGGCGAGAAACCCAGCGACACGAUCAAUCAAGGAAACAUGCGUUAA